CUUAUCUGUGUUCAAAUUUUUUUGACACAUUUACUUAGACCUUAUAUCACUUCUGGCGAAGGAGGUCUCAGGGAAGAUGCUACAAAAUAUACAAAAGGUUUUACGGUUUUUGAUGUUGCUGGCGCGCCGAGGGAGGGAACGACUUAAAAGGCCGGUGGUGUUAAAUGGAGGAGGACUACUGGUCCUCUUGUGGUCCUCGCCCGGCACUCUGCCCAGUGGCCAGGUGGUGAACUGCACAGUUGCAGCUGCGGGACCCUGGUGCUCAGGAAUCUCAAUGGAAGAAGUCCAACAUGAGGUUUGGCAAAGAUUGGCCCCGUCUGCCUCCCCCGGCCCUGCCCCAGACCCAGAGGAACUGUGUGCCUUCACUGACCUCUAUGGCACUCUACACUUCUUAGUCUCACUUCAGAUAAUUGAGACGACGCUGGACAGGUGUAUGGUGCGUUCAAACACAGAGGGUUUCCUGCAUAAACUAAACCUGACGAAUGCAGGGGUGAAAAUUCACCUGACAUUUAAGUUGGACGAAGAAAUGUACAGCAGGAUUUUUAGUGGGAAGGCAGAGAGACUUGCGCUGAAGGACCAGACCGUGAUCAUGGAUGUUGCUUCUUCUAUCAUGCAGCCUCCCCUGUCAGUAGUUACUGGCUUGUGGUGCCAGAGGGCCCACCCGCUAUCAGGAAUUGGGUUGCCUCUACUUAUCCCGCCUGAGGCCAUGGAGAUGGGUCUGUGUGGGGAGCUGACCUUGGUACCAGUCUCUGUAUUGGCUCCCUGUGUGUUGUGGUACCCCAACCUGGCAACCAGCGUAACACGCAUGCAGGUGUUGCUGUACAGCCCUAUUAUCCUUCCUCUAAUGGGGCCCUCAGCCUUCCUACAGCAGCUACCUAACUGUCUAGCCCUGGAGGAGCUGGGUCUCUCCGGACUCACUUUUACUCCAACACACUCCACCCCAUCAGAUCCUCUAUGCAGUGACAUUGUGUACAGUAUAGAGAAAGCACAGUGUGAGGGCACUGAGCUGGAGUGGAUCCCUGCUGUGAAGCAGACUUUGUCCCUGUUCCUGUUCUUCCAGCAUUGUGACCCCUUUCACUCUGAGCUCUCUGACUUCAUGGAUAGUGAAGAGUUGUUAGAGCUCCACCUGGAGGCUGUGUUGAUGUACAACAGGGAUGCACUCAUAGCAGCUCUGAACUCACUGCUGCAAAUCACAUUGAAAGAUCAGCAGCAGAGACACAAGGCUCAGGAGAAGAUGGUCUCUGCCCAGGCGGUGAUGUUGAGCUCUGUCAGCAGUGUGGUGAGCAGCAGCACCAAUGUGGAGUUCAGAGCUGCCUGUCUGGAUCGCAUGAUGGUACGGGACACGUAUGAGCUGUCAGCAUCUCUCCAUGAGUCUUUACAGAGAGCAACAGCUGGCCGCACAGUGUCCCACAGCAAAUGCCACUGUGAAUCUGUCAGUGAGAUACAGACAGACACACAAUUCAGCCACCAGACCUUCCGAGAGUGACACAACUGGCAAUGAAAUGUUAAUAUCCUGCUAUUACUACCCUCUUGAGCACUCUUGAGUGUUGUAAAUAUUGUUAUAGACUGACUGAGGUUAAAUCUAAUUUUGUAAGUGAUAAUGGAGGUUUGUAGUUAUCAACUUAAAUAAAAAUCUUAA